AUGAAUUGCAGCGUGACAAAGAUUUCCAGAGCUAUCCCCCAAACAUCUCGCAGCCGGCCCCUCACCCACAGCACCCGCUUCCGCAUCGCGUCACCAACGGUCACCACCACCACCGAUACCCACACCCGGCCCGCGACCGUCGCCAACCGUACCGUACUUCACACACAAUACCCCUUCUCUACCUGUUCAAUCCCCCGACACCCCAAAAUGAGCGUACCUGUUCAAAAGAAGAAGCCCAUAAACCUCCUCAGAGGGUGGCCUGCCCCAUCGCUCCUCCCAGCGGCCGCAAUCUCCGCCGCCGCCGUCAAAACCCUCGCCGACCCCACCGUCUACGUCCCGGGGCUCCAGUACGGCCCGGAUCCGGGAUGGCAGCCGCUCCGCGAGGCCCUCGCGCAGUGGCUAUCAGCCUUUUAUCCCGCUGCGCCGGCCACAGCCGCGGAGGCUGAGAAGCAGGUCGUGGACCCCGAGUCUCGUCGUCAUCAUGAGCCCGACUCCAACCGCAUCUGCAUCACGGGCGGCGCAAGCCAGAACCUCGCUUGCAUACUGCAGUCCUUCACAGAUCCUCUGUACACGCAGAACAUUUGGAUGGUCGCGCCGUGUUAUUUCCUCGCGUGUCCAAUCUACGCCGACGCGGGAUUCGACGGGCGCUUGAAGUCUGUGCCCGAGGACGACGAGGGGAUUGAUCUCGAGUAUCUCAGAAAGGGGCUCGAGGCCGCCGGGAAAGGAAGCGGCAAACGCUUCAAACUUGCCGGAAAGCGCAAGCUCUACCGCCAUGUGAUCUACUUGGUCCCGACCUGCUCCAACCCAACAGGCAAGACAAUGACCCUCUCCCGUCGCUACGAGCUCGUACGUCUGGCCCGCGAGUAUGACGCUCUCAUCAUCGCCGACGACGUCUACGACUUCCUUCAAUGGCCUGUCGAUUCGCCUCCGGACGGGACUUACACGCCCGCCAUGCGCCUCCCACGACUCGUGGACGUUGACCGCGCUCUCGGGGUCCCCGAUGACUCCUUCGGCAACGUUGUGUCCAACGGCUCCUUCAGCAAAAUCGUCGGCCCGGGCGUGAGGACAGGUUGGGCUGAGGGGAGUCCCGCCUUCGCAUACGGGCUGUCGCAGACCGGGUCGUCGUGCAGUGGUGGCGCGCCGAGCCAGCUUGCCGCCAUGUUCAUGGCUGAAAUGUUGAAGAGCGGGGUGAUUCAGAAGCAUAUUGACGAGAAUACGAGACCUGCACUAGCAAAGAGGCACAAGGUGAUGAUGAAUGCCGUUGAUGAGUACAUCUUGAGGCCCUUUGGGGGCGGCAUUAAGAUGAAGCAAAGUUCGCUGGAGGGCGCAGGGAUAUAUGGCGGAUACUUCGUGUGGUUUAGUCUACCAGAGGGCAUGUCGAGUCGGGAGGCGGCGGCGAGGGCCAAGGAUACAGAGGAAUUGAUCAUUGGCCACGGCGGGCAGUUUGAGGUGCACGGGGAUGAGGACUCAGUGAGGCUUGGCAGGGAAAUUCGGCUUUGUUUCUCGUGGGAACCUGAGGAUGACAUUGUGGAGGGAAUCCAGAGGCUGGCGAGAGUGUUGAAGUCGAUGAGAGAUGGUGAGGAGUGGACGCCUUCGAGUCGGUUCGAUGUAGACAAUGCCAAAUAG